AUGACUAAUACCACUAUAGAGGUAACUAGUCCUCUUUAUCUCCAUCCAUCAGAUGGAAAUAACUUCCUGGUAAUAGAAAAACUACAAGGGUCUGCUAACUACAGAUCUUGGAAGAGAUUAAUGGAUAUUGGUCUUGCAUCAAAAAGAAAACUAGGGUUUGUGACAGGUGUGGUAAGAAGAGAUGAUAAAGAUGCUGUUAAAGGAGAAGCCUGGGAUACAUGUAACAGUAUGAUUAUAUCUUGGAUUCUGGGUUCUGUAAAUGAAUCCAUUAAGAAGUCUGUAAUGUUUGUGAGCAAUGCACACCAGAUAUGGAUGCAAUUAGAGAAAAGAUUCUCUCUCACAAAUGGGUCAAGAAAAUAUAAACUGAACAAAGAAUUAUAUGAAGCAAAACAGCAAGGUAAACAGGUGAGUGAGUAUUACACUAUGAUGAAGUGUCACUGUGAGGAACUGGACUCUCUAAAUACUCUACCUCCUAUUACCUCUGUAACAGCAGAGAUAACAAGCUUCGUUGAAGCUCUUACUCAGCAGCAAGAUGAACAUAAGUUGUUCCAGUUUUGA